AUGUCGCACUUUUUUCACAAGCCAGAGAAUGCACUGAAGCGUGCUCGUGAGCUACUGGCCAUUCCCAACGUGGAUGCUGGCGUGCUCAAACGUACAAAGCACUCGGCUCUCGAGAUCCUUCACGAUGCAUUAAUCGCCAAGAAAAACCGUACAUGGCAGCCUACGCACGAGGAGCUUAUGAAAUUGUAUCUGGACAUUUGUCUGGACUUGCAGAUGGGACGCGUGGCCAAGGAUGGGCUACAUCAGUACCGUAACUUGUCCAUUCAGCUUAAUCCGGCGUCGCUCGAGACUAUUAUCAAACAUUUUGUGUCCGAGGCCGAGCGCAAACUCGCGGCCGCCAAGAAGGAGAGCAAUGAACUUAAUUUAUUGGCCGCUGCCAUGAUAGACUUGGACGUGGCACAGACACCGGAAGACGUGAUGCUGUCCACUACGACGUUUGAGGGAUCAAAUGACCGUACUGAUCGGGAAGUUGUUGUUCCUUGGCUACGUUUCAUGUGGGAAACAUACCGCACUGUGCUAGACAUUCUCAAGAGCAACUCGAAGCUAGAGCCGUUAUACAUGGCAACAGCCAUGCAGGCCUUUGACUUUUGUGUCGAAUACCAGCGCAAAAUCGAGUUUCGUCGUGUGUGUGAAAUCAUGCGAAAUCACUUGAGCUCGUUGCAAAAGCAUGCUGCGACACCUUCAAGCCAGUCAACCCGUCAGAUGCGCAGCUGGGACGGAUUCACUCUCGAGAGUGUGGAGCGUCUACUGGAAGUGCGCUACCGUCAAUUGCAGGUUGCCACCGACCUUGAGCUGUUUUCAGAGGCUUUCCGCACGAUUGAUGAUAUCAACAACAUUAUGAACUUGAUCGAGCAGACUCCGCGCGUGGACCUGCUCGUCACUUACUACGAAAAGCUGGCCCAGAUCUUCCAAGUGUCCAAGAAUCACUUGUUCCACGCCUACGCGCUGUACAAGUGGUACUCCCUGCGUGUCACUGGUCUCCAAGGACUUGCUGGCGCUCAGGCGCUACAGGAGCUGCCUGUGCUCGUGUCGGAGGAAGAGCAAAGGGCGAUGGCUACUCGUGUCGUGCUCGCUGCUUUGUCCAUCCCGCUGCUAGAUUUUGAAGCGUCCUCUUCCGUCUUGGGCAACGACGAGCCCUCUUCAAUUCACAUGGCCGCUGAGAAUUCGCUCUCCGCUGCUGCUCGUGACAAGAACUCGCGCAUGGCAGCCCUGCUGGGCUUUGCCACAACUCCAACGCGUGCCAACUUGCUUGAGGACAUUGAAGCUGCUGGCCUGCUAUCUAAGGCUUCGACUGCCGCUAGUGAUAUUUUUCAGCGUGUGGAACUGCAGGCUGUGGAUCCCCUGCAGAUUGUGAAGCAGCUGGAGCCGUGUCUGACAACGAUCCGUGCCGAUCCAUUCGCAAAGGCUUAUGCCGAUGGAGUGGAGCGCCUUGUGGUGCGCCGCGUGCUUUUUCAGCUUACCCGCGUAUACGCUAGCGUGACGAUCGCUCAUCUGCGCUCCAUUUUCGCUGGCCUUAACGUUUCUUACGAGGAGAUUGAGACUCUGAUUGCCCGGUCUCGCAGCCUUAGCACUGUUGCAUCUGUCAGUGCUCCUAGUCUGUCCAGCAUGUACCGGCGUAAUGUCACCCAGCAUGGCAGCAACAAUGCUGAGACAUCCUCGGCUGAUGCUGUUUCCUCUGCGCAGACACGUACUAAGAUCCGCAUCGAUCACGUGGAGCAAUGCAUUCGCUUCACUGACGCUGUGGAUCUUGAGGCGAAUGCCGCUCAACUUACUCUUUUGGGCGAACGUCUUUCCCGUGCCAUGAGCAAGGUGCCUGCUACCGCCUCAGUCACUAUUGGUGCUCGCAAUGAACAGAAGAAGAAGCUCUUUGCGGCCAGCCAUGCCCGUCUGCAGGAACAGCGGUCUGUAAUGCUGGCCCGUCAUGAGAUCAUCGAGCGCAAAAAGGAAGAGCUGGAAAAGCUACAACAUGAAAAGGUGCAGUCUUUGGAAAAGAAGCGCCAAGAGUUUGCUCAGCGCCGCGCAGACAUCGAGAGGGAGCGUUUGGCCCAAGAAGCCCGCCGCCGCGAGGCUGAAAAGAAGCAGAAGAUUCAGGAUGAGAUAAAGCUAAAGGAGACUCGCCAGAUGCUUGAUAAGCUUGGUCACACAGAUGUGAGUGACCUGGACCUGGCUAGCAUCGAUAAAGAGAAAUUAGUUAGCGAGGCCAAUGAGAAGACUCGCAAGGCAAAGGAAUUUGCGCAGCAAAAGUUGCGCGAGAAUGCCCGUCGCAUGGACUACAUCGUACGUGCUACUCGCGAGGAGGAACAGCCUAUUUUGCAGCGCCAGGUUGCGGAGGCAAAAACCGAGGCCCUAAAGCGCUACGAGCAGGAGAUAGCUGCAAAGCUGCAGCGCGCUAAGGAGGAGCAUGACUAUGGUCUGAAGGAGAAGGCUCGUUUGGCCCCGGCUAUUCAGGUGAGUGCUGAGUUUGUCAAAGCUCAUAGGGCUCGUCGUAUCGAGCAGUACAAGAAGGCAUCCGAGGAGCAGAAGAAGAAGGCUAUGCUGGAGCGUCUGAGCGCUCGCGUGGCUCACGCUAGAGAGCGUUACGAAGAGGAGCAGCUUCGUUUGCGUCAAGAAGAAGAGGAAAAAGAGCGCAUUCUUCGCGAGGAGGAGGCCGAGCGGGAGCGUCAGCGCCAGCUGACCGUGGAAGAAGAACUUCGCCGCCAGGAAGCGGAAGAGGCUGAAAAGCGCCGUAUUACUGAGGAGAAGGAGCAUGUAGAGAAGACACAGCGCGAGCGCGAGGAGGAGGACAAGCGUGUUGAGCAACGCAGCCAGGGUCGCUUUGGCAAUGCUGGAGCUCGUGGUUUGUCCGGUGGCAUCCGCGACUUAAACCGUAACCGUGACGAUGAUCGCCGUGGCAAUGACAGGGAUGAUGGCGCGUGGACUCAAGUCAAUCGCGGUGGUCUGUCCAAUCGUGCGCAAACUGCAGCACCCGAAGGCCGCUGGGAGCGCCACGGACCUCCAGCUCGCGAAAGCUUCGGCGACCGCGACGUGCGCGAGGGAAGUGGCAUGCGUCGUUAUGGUGGCGAUCGCGAUGAGAGUGGAGGUGGCCUGCGUCGUGACUUAGGUGGCGACCGCGACGUGCGCGAGGGAAGUGGCCUGCGUCGUUAUGGUGGCGACCGCGACGUGCGCGAGGGAAGUGGCCUGCGUCGUUAUGGUGGCGAUCGCGAUGAGAAUGAAAGUGGUCUGCGUCGGGGCUUUAGUGGCGACCGCGGUGAGAAUGGAGGUGGUUUGCGUCGGAACUUUGGUGGCAAUCGCGAGGAAGGCGGUAUGCGAUGGGGCAAUCGCCGCGGUGGCGGCGAACGUGAUGACGAAAGCUCGAUUCGUCGUGGUGGUGACCGUGAAGGGGAAAGCUCGAUUCGUCGUGGUGGUGACCGUGAAGGGGAAAGCUCAAUUCGUCGUGGUGGUGACCGUGAUGGCGACGAUCGCUUCUUUGGCCAUUCCCAGCGGGAAAAUUCGUAUCGGCCGCCGCGCGCUGGAGAUCGUGAGGGUUCAUCGCGCGAUGCCACUCGUGCUCCUGAGUCUGGUCGCUGGAGAUAG